AUGAAAUUCUUCGCUACCAUGGCUGCCCUCGUGGUUGCAGCCGUCGCUGCCCCGGUCGCUGAGGCCGAAGCUGAAGCCAGCAGCCCCAUGCUCAUCGAGCGUGCCGGCCCCGGCGGCAUCAACUACGUCCAAAACUACAACGGCAACCUGGGUCAAUUCACCUACAACGAGAACGCCGGCACCUACUCCAUGUACUGGAACAACGGCGUCAGCGGCGACUUUGUCGUCGGUCUGGGUUGGGCAACCGGCGCCGCUCGAUCCAUCACCUAUUCGUCUCAGUACACUGCCAGCGGAGGCAGCUACCUCUCCGUCUACGGCUGGAUCAACUCUCCCCAGGCCGAGUACUACAUUGUCGAGUCCUAUGGCUCGUACAACCCUUGUGGUGCUGGCCAAUCUGGUGUCACUCAACUCGGCACAGUGUCCAGUGAUGGCGGUGUCUACACUGUAUGCACCGAUACCCGCACCAAUCAGCCUUCCAUCACUGGAACCUCUACUUUCAAGCAGUACUGGAGUGUUCGCCAGCAGAAGCGCACGUCCGGCACCGUCACCACUGGCAACCACUUUGCCUACUGGGCCAAGUAUGGCUUUGGCAACUCGUACAACUUCCAGGUUUUGGCUGUUGAGGCUUUCUCUGGUACUGGCAGCGCCAGUGUCACUGUUUCUUAG